GGAGGAGGUGGCGGCAGCAGCGGCGGCGCGGCCGAGGAGGAGGAGGCGGCAGCGGAGGAGGAGAGGGAGGAGGCAGAGGAGGAGGAGGAGGAGCGGCGGCGGGGACUGGUGUGGGGAUGGCGGAGAUACCGCCCGGGCCUAGCAGCCUCCUCCCUCCGCCGCCACCGCCGCCGGCAGCGGCAGAGCCCUGCGGUCCCUUCCCCGCGGGGGCCGCCCCGGUCUGCUGCAGCGAGGACGAAGAGGACGACGAGGAGCACCGAGGAGGAGGAGGAGAAGGAGGAGGCGGCGGCAGGGGUAGGAGCCCGGUCGGCGAGGCGGCUGCCUCCAAGGGGCAUCAGCGUCUCCAUUGCCCGCAGACACCGCCGUCGUCGCUGCCGCCGCCGCCGCCGGCGCAGCAGCAGCAGCAGGAACAGCAGCAGCAGCAGCAGCAACUCAACGGGUUGAUCAGCCCCGAGUUAAGGCACCUUCGGGCAGCCGCCUCCCUAAAGAGCAAGAUCGUGGGCGCCGCCGACACGACCUCGGGCCCUGCAGCCGACGGGAAUCCGAGGGCUACUGCAACCAAAAGAGCUGGGCAGCCCCCCAGUGAGAGACCCCCUCACAGUCUCCCCAAUAAUGCAAGAACUGCGCCCCCAAACCCUGCAGCACCGGCGGCGGCUGUAACAGCAGCAGCAGCAGCAGCAAGCGGCCUGGCGUCGACCCGUAAUGGACUGGCUGGAGGGACUGAGCGAGAGGAGGAGGAAGAUGAAUCGCUGCUGCUGCUCUCCUCGUCCCUAACAGCUGUCUGCAGCUUAACAACCUCCUCUGACAGGGAGGUAGAACCUGAGGAGGAUCGGACGAUACGAUAUGUCCGAUAUGAAUCCGAGCUACAAAUGCCCGAUAUCAUGAGACUGAUCACCAAAGAUCUGUCUGAACCCUACUCCAUUUAUACCUAUAGAUAUUUUAUCCACAACUGGCCACAGCUAUGCUUCUUGGCCGUGGUAGGGGAGGAGUGUGUAGGUGCCAUCGUUUGCAAGUUGGAUAUGCACAAAAAGAUGUUCCGCAGAGGUUAUAUAGCCAUGUUAGCAGUGGAUUCCAAAUACAGGAGAAAUGGCAUUGGUACUAACUUGGUUAAGAAAGCUAUUUAUGCCAUGGUUGAAGGAGACUGUGAUGAGGUUGUCUUGGAAACCGAAAUAACAAAUAAAUCUGCUUUGAAACUUUAUGAAAAUCUUGGUUUUGUGCGAGAUAAAAGGCUGUUCAGAUACUAUUUAAAUGGAGUUGAUGCACUGCGUCUUAAACUAUGGCUGCGUUAAAAGAAACUUAUCACAUGAAGGAACAACUUCCCAACAGCGCACAGUCGGCCUUUGCAUGCAAUGCAAUUUGUACAGAAUUGCUUUGCAGGUGGAUUUCAUAAUUUCCAUGCAGCUCUUACCUGUCAGUGUCUCAUUGAGUGUCGCACAUAUUUGUUGCACUAUGGCAUGGCGCAUUUGUUCUGAAUUAAAAGAUUGUUUCAAACUUCAAGAGUUCUUUUGGUACCAGCAAGAUGUGCCAGUUGCUAGCCAAGAUUUGUUUGUUCAUUUGCAAGUCUACUGACAACGUUAUAUACACAGUGAACAUUUUAUCACAGAACCUGUAUGUGGAACAUAAUUUUUGUUCCUGAAAAAAGCCAAUUUAGAUUGUAAAAUUCUCUAAGUAUACUAACAUUUCAUACAAAAUUUGCCAUAGUUUUCUGGGGGGAGGGAAAGCUUCAAUUUUAGGUUUUAUUUUUCAAUAUUGAAUUUUCCAUUUUUGAAUAUUGGUACCUCAGUGAUUAGUGAAUGAAAAAAGUGUAUUGUAGGGUGGGGUGUGUGUUACAUUGAGUAACAGUAACAAUUAAAUUGCGUCUCCCAGUGCCUGUAUAAAUAAGUAUAUUUGUCUUCAUCUCUCAUUUUUUAGUGCAUGCUUUCUUUUUCCUUUUAAAAUGUCUUUGCAAGAAAACUGCUUUUAUUUAAAUUCUGAAUUUGAUAAUAAAUUAUUUCAGAUUUUAUAAUUUGGAUACUUUUCCCAGGCAAGAGACAGAGCUAUUCUUAUACAACAAAAAAAAUAGAAGCUGUUUGGAAAAUUCUUGACUAGUUGCUAAAAGGGGGUAGGGGUGAAGGGUUUGGGAACUUGAAGGCUCCAGUAAAUUGCUGGGUUUGGAUGCACUUUUUCUUUUUGAUAGGGGUUUUUGGAAAGGAAUAGAAAAUUAAUGUAAAUUGGUAUGAUUUUAUUUAAUCAAAAUUAUUGCUAUGAGCUGUGAAAAACAGCUUUUAUAAAGCAGUUGGAACUUUUUUCACUUGAUUUGGAUUCAGAUUGCUUUGGUGUUCUAAAAUGCUUUGAUUUUUUAGUUCUUGGUCUUGGAAAUAAAUUUCAAGGUGUAUUUUAUCUUAUUUCAGCUGCUUUUUUUCCCCUCUAAACUAUGUGAGCAAGUUCUGGGGGAAGAUCUAUCUUUUUUUUUCUCCCUCCUAAAACAAAAAGGGAGAAGAGUAUACAUCGUUUUUGUUUUUUUUCUGAAUAAGUUACAUGGAUUUUGACAAAAAACAAAACCAUCAAUCAUGGUGAUUGAUCACCAUGUGAUCCACCAAUCAUCAUCAGCUACAUUGUGUCAAUCGGCAUGAUAUAACAACUUAUUAAAAUAAAAUGGCUGUUUUUCAAUUUUAGUAAUAAACCAAUGUUGGUUUAUUCCUAUAACUGGAAAACCCAAGUAUCCAUGGAAAUGGAUGCACUCACUAUGAAGAAUGUUCUAUAGAAAACAUACUUUUUCAGAAUUCACAUUUGUCUUACUAUCCCUAUACUGUUAGGAUUUGGUUUUCAUUUUAUUUUGUUGUUAUUGUUUUUAAUCACUAUAAUUACUGUACAUUAAGAAAAACCUACCUGCAUUAACAUUUGAAAAAGUUCCAUUUUCAGGAAAAAAAAUUUUUUUAAAGGAAAGCUACUCUUUGCUCAGUAGAGUGUAUUUGAAGUGAACAAGCACUUUUCACAUAAAAUUAUCAGUUUAUAUAUGGUGAAAAAAAGUUUUUAAUUCUGCUGGUGGGAUCAUUUGUCUUAGCUUUAAAGAGAUUUUAUUAUUAAAAGUACCAAUCCUAUUAGUCUGGAACCAAUUUUAAAGGCUUCACAGAAGAAAAACUAUAAUAAAAAAAAUAGGAUUGGUGUAGAUGAACCCACAUAGCACUAUGACCAUGACAACCUUUGGAACAGACUUUUUAAAGGAUAAGCAGUCGGUCAGUUUUCAUUUAGGCCCUGGCAUGAUAAGAAUAGUCAUGAUCAAAGUGGUACUUUGUGUGUUUUAACUAUAAAGAAGUUGAACUGAAACAAGUUUGCAUAAAAAAAGUCAUUAAACAUUCUUUAGCUACUUUUUUGAAAUUGAUGGUUCACAGGUGAAUGCUGUGAUAAGCUAAUGAACAUUCAGUGUGAUUAGACCACUCUCAAGCACAGUUGUAAAGAAGAAGGCAAGACUAGCAUUUUAACUUGUCAGAUCAAUGAAAUAAUGGAGAUAGACCCUUUUUUUUUUCCUUUUAGAUUGACCAGUUUCACUGAACUGAUCAAAUCAGUUGGUUGUUUUGGCAUUAUGUAGACAAAGCUUUAAUUACGUGACUGAGUUCAAAAGUCACAUGGUUACAUAAUUAUUCAACAUAUUCCAUGCAUACUUGAGUUAGAUUUUUUUCUACUGCACACAAAUUAUUUUGCCCAUUUGAAACUAUUGACCUGUAACAACCCACUAUCAAAAUUAAAACCCCAUUCAGCUCAUCAUUUUAGCAUUUAAAAUGGAUUUUUAAAAAAUAAAUUAGGGUUUUUCCCCCUGAUUUUACAUUAGGUGUCCAUUAUUUUGAGGUACAGGACUUUUCAUUUUGAAUUUAUAAAUGACAUUGAAAAUCCCAUAGCUAUAGCUGAGCAAAAUGGGUACAACUUUCUUUUUAAAAAUUGCUGCCUAUUAAAGACUGAUCAUUUCCACAACCUAACAGUUUCAUUACAGGCUGUAAAGCAGCAGCUGUACAUGUUAGCACUAAAGAAGCUGAUGGGUCUGUGGUUUAAUUGUGUGUGGUUUAAUUGUAAUUCUCCUUGCAUUAAGAUCAGAAUGCUCAUAAGGCCCCAAUUCAGAAAGCAUUGCAAUAAUUCAGGUUAAAACUAGCAACAACAAAUUAUUAAUUUCCUUUUUUAGGUUUGGUUUGAAGGAUUUCCCUCUCCUUUUUUCUCCCCAACAAUCUCCUAAUUUGCUUGACAGGUCUACACAAAGGAGUUUGUCUUUGUCAUUUAGGUUUUAACUUUACCUCGCACUGUAUGCUCGCAUUGGCUGACUUGUAUAAGUCUGGAUGUGUGUAUUGCAGUGCCCCCAAAUCAUGAAAUUCCUUAUUUUCCAGGAAUGGAGACAUAAUCCAAUUGGCAUAGUGCAUCAAAAUUAUUUUUCAUUGCACCAUGACAUCACUAAAAUUGAGUGCUAUAAUGUUACAGGACUGUCAGGUUUGUAAAAACAUAAACAUAAAUUAUAUUGGAGUUGGAUAUGAGUUGGGUAUCUAUAAAAUAUCACGUGUAUUUCAAAAAAUAUUGAACUGCUGUUUGAUGAUAAUGCUGCAUUAUUUUCUUCUGUUCCUUAUCCUUUGGAGAAAGGUAUUAUAAUGGAGUUUGAAAUGUGCAAGCUGUCUAAACAAGAUGCAGUCAAAUAAAACAUGGUUAAGUUGUGUUUGCAUUUUUCUUUGAAAUGCAGAUGUAUUCUCUUUUUGUGAUCUGGAAGCUUGGCUUUUGCUUGGUAGGAAAGCCCUGAUCCCUCCCCGCUUCUACUCUUUCUUAAAUGAAUCAAAGACUUGCUUUGGAAGACACAAGUAAUCAUUAACUUUCUACUUAGAGUGGUUUUACUUAAGUUGGGUAAUCAUUUUGAAUAUUAAUUAUAUAGGCUUUAUUUUCCAAAAGGAGUACAUGAAAAAUAAGCCAUCUAUGUUGAGUUUUAAUAGGUUGUACAGAGUGUUUUUGCUGUGCAUUUAGCACUCAAUGGUUUCUAUUUUAAAUAAAAUUUUCUGUUUUUUGCUAUAAAAAAAACAACCAGACACUCUGUGCCUCAACAGCACAUUGUAAUUUUUAAGGACUUUAGUAUAUUAGUGUUAAAGUGGUAAUUGUCAGUAUUAAUCACAGGUGGAAGUGUUGGUUGACUCUUCACCUUUAUUUAUGAAAAAUCCACUUGUCAUGUUGUUCCUGUUCAGUAAUCAUAUGAAAGAAUUUUAAUAUGUAAAUCUUAUUUACUCGAGGUUUCAAUGAUACUCUCAAUUUUUCAUACAUCCAAUUAAUGUUUAGCAUCAAAAUAAUUAGAAAAUUGAUGGAAUGUAAUCUUUUGCAGUUAACAGGCAAAAAACAAUGUAAAAUGUUAACCCAAAGAUGUAGCGAUCUUUCAAAAAUCGUUAUUUUUUAAAAAUCCUUAAAAUUGAUGUCAAUGAAAUAUCUGAACAGAACUUAGUAGUGUCACUUCAAUUGCUGCAAACCCUGUCACUUUGAACACUGACUUGAGGGAAGUAUUUGAGAAUAGGAUAUUAGAGCCCAAACCUCUCAGCAGUUGUAUUUGUAAAUUAAAAAUAUUAAGUUUAAAAAAAAACUGCCUUUGUUAGGAGGAAAAAUGUGUAGUUAAUUCUCAUUUACCUUGAUAAUGCAUUUAAUGUAGAACUGUUUUCUGUCCCUGAUGUUAAAAGGUUUGUGACAACUACCCAGAGACAAAAUCUUAGUUUUGGUUAUGUUGAAGUUAUCUAAGUGCUUUUCAGAAAAGAAAAAACAAAACAAAAACAGCCUUAAGUGCCUAUAUUUUACUUCCUGAAAUAUUUUUGAAAUAUUUUCCUUUUAAAUAUAGAAAUACCCCCAUAUUUAAUCUUAUAAAUUUUACAUUUUAGAUGAAUUUUUAGAUACUUUAAACUUCAUUUUUGUAAGAGGUGGUCAAUCCACAGUAUAAAGCAUGUGUAGUAUGCGACUAAUAAAUUGUAUGCUCUGCUCAAGUUGUUGGAAAAUAGAAUUUCCAAAUUACACAUCUGUGGCUGAUUAAAACUCAUUUGGUUCAGCACAGGUGGCACUAGAGCAUGCCUAGACUCCGGUUGGUCCUCUUAAAUAUCUGUGUAUUAAAUCACAUUGGCACAAAGUCAGAGUGGGUGGGUGACUUAGAAUCACCAAUAGCUAGUCCUGGAAAAAAUACCUUAAUGCACAAGUUCUUUUAAUUUUGAAUCAGUUUAAUCUUUGUGUAUAAAAGGCAGCACAUAUUUUACAUUUUUGAAAAACCUCUGCUAGAAAUAUAAAGCACUAAAAUGUGUUGGCUAUUUUUUUUAAGUUUUAUUGAUGCUUUUUUGUAUUAAAGUCAUUUCUGGAAAUUUCUUUUUCCCCCUACCCCAGACUUGAACCCUGCCUUAUCAUCAAGAACAAAACCAAUUCAGUGACCUUGCCUGAUAUAUACAACAUUCUGCCCUGGAAGUACCCUAUCCCUCUGCUGAGGGAAAGGAUAUAUAUUUUAUGAUCUGUUCUCUAGUACUCUUACUGGUUUUUCAGCUACUCAAAGUUCAGCUCCCUUAUAGUGAUCUUUUCAUUUACAUUGUAUAUUUGUCAUAUCAUUUUCAUUCUGCUUAUUUCCUACUACAUCAGUUCAUAUGGUCUUCCAGUGUUUCUCUGAGUUCACUUCUAUAAUUCCUUACUGGAUAAGAAUAUUCCAUUACAUUUAUAUACCACACUGUUUCUAGUUACCUGCUACCAUAAAAACUGCUGUUGUGAAUAUAUUGGUACACAGUGGACCAUUGUUUUUCUUUGACCUCCAUGGGGGGAGUGUUAUAGCUUUUAAUCAAAUUCUAAAGAAUAUCAAUAGGACAUAGUCAAUAGAUCUCUCCAACUACUAAAAAAGCACCUGUUAAAUGUGGGGAAAAAUGAGAUGUUAAUCUUAAAGUUGGAGAAACUAAUCCUAUGAUAUUUUCUAUUUGAGGAGUGUUAUAUUAUACCAAAUAGUAAUAUAUUCAAUGUUUUAGAUAAUGGAUUUUCUGUUAUGAUAGCUGCUGUUCACUGUGUGGAUAUAUACCUCAUUUUUUUCCCCUCACAAUAGACAUGUUCCUUAAUAUUGUGUGUAAAUUUCUGUAAAUAAAAUAAUUUAAAAUGUGCUAGGAGAGCUCAAUUUUUAAACAAAUUGUAUAAAUAAAUUAUUGGAGAAUUUGUUAAUUGGUAAACUGAUUUAGUCUUUCCUAAAAUCUUUAGGUGGACUCAGUUAAGGGUUGCAGUAAUUUUAGUCUUAUUUACAGAAGUGUAUGUUCCAGGAAAUAAUAUUCUCUUGCCAUUAACUUAUUACUGCAUUUUAAAUUGGUAUCACUGAUUUAAAGUGGGAAAGGUUGUUAGAUACCAUCUACUCCACCAGUUUUGUAGAUGAGGAAGUUCAAAGCCUAGGGGUAACACUGAUAGUGAUAGCGAUAGAGAUGGGAUUUGAACAGACCUCUCCAUACCCAGUAUUCUUUGUGCCAUGUUUUUAUAUUUUAUAUUUAAGUUUAGCUUUAUUUUUUUUUUUACCCUUUUAGGCCAAAUAAAUUUGCAUGUUUUCAGAGGCUAAUAUGUUGCACAAAACAACUGUUUUUUCACCCUCUAAAGAAUUUUUUUCUUUAAAUGAAAGCUACCUAAGUCAUCUUACUAUUUUGGAUCUAAAUUUUUGAGUAGUUUCUAUACUACUUUUUCAAUUGAUUAUAAAUUGGUGAACUUAGUUCUUGUUCAACAGUACAACUGUCCAUUGCAGUGGCAUGUAAAAGACACUUGAGUCAUCCCUGUACAAACUUAAGAAGAAAGGAUUGUUUCAGUCUAGCCUGAAUAGUUUGCAUAACGUUGCUGAUAAUUUUUGCCUACAGGUGAAAAUUUGGAUUGGGGGAAGAGGGUUAUUUAUUAUUCCAGCUGAAUUCAUCUUUCUUUUCUUCAGAUACAACAUUCCAUCUCCCAUUUCCAUGCCUUUGCAAAGGCUUCCCCCUCAUGCCCUCCUCUCUUCUGCUUUUUAGAAUCCCUAGUUUUCUUCAAAGCUCAACUCCAAGGUCACAUCCUAGAGGAAGUCUUUCCUUUAUUCCUCCCAGUUUUUAGUGUCUUCCUCUAAAGUAUUUUGUAUUUAUUUUGUAUACGUACAUUGAUAUAUGUUGGUUUUCCUCCACGCACCCCCGCUUCCCCCCCCCCAACAACAACAAAGCAGAAUGUAAACUUUUUUAAGAUGUGGACUGCCUCUGUUAUCUCUGUAUUCUUGGUGCCUGGCAAAUAGUAAGUCUUUAAUAAAUACUUGCUUAUUGAUUAAUUGAACAAGAAUGGUGGGAGGACUCUAGAGCACAAAGGUUUUACGACUUAAAUUCUCUAUAUGUUUCAUUUUAUUAAUACCUAAAUGAAUCCUGCUAAAUUAUUUAAAUGUAAUCAUUUUAUCAAGCAUAAAAUAAAAAUUCUCACUCAAAUUUAAACACAAUAUUAGGCCUAUUUUAAAAAAAUGUAUUAAAGAAUUGAAAAUUAA